AGUAGCCACGGUGGAUGAGCGGCGCGCGGCGCGCGGUCCCUGGAACUAGCAAGGCGGCGAAGGCGUCGUGCACGUACCCGCGCGCAGCCAGGGAGGUCUUGCUGACGGCGCUGCUGUCGUUGGUGCUCUGCACUGCCCCGGCCCGACGCUCGCGGCUCCGCGGGCCCAUGGUGAGGGAACUCAGGAGCGACGGUCCGUCCCGGUGGUGAGCUGCUCUUUCGUUUCCCAGUAGCCACCUCACGGACUCUGUACGGAAAAAUCACCCCACCGCACCCCGCUCCGUGACGCCUCUUCCUUGGACAGGUGUGCGUCACUUCCGGGAAGAGCGCACCUCGCCAAUCAGGGUUGAGGAGGGUGCAGCUGGCGCUGACAUUCGGCUGUGAUUGACGUUUCUUUGAUUCUCUGGGACUGCGGUUUCGCGGCAAGACUGACGACUGCGGCUUAUUGUGGACACGUGGACUGUGUCAGGGAAGCGCGGGUUACCACUUUUCUACAAGCCUUCCUGUCUGAAGUGAAAAUUUAAGCUGUCAUAAGUUGACUCAACUGUUGACAAAAAUCUUUAAGAGGUGACACUGAGCCCAGAACUGUGUAUACUGUUUAUCUUAUCAAAAUGGGUGGAAGUGAAGCAAUCUGAAGGAAGUUCAAGACCACAGAACUUACUGACUGGACCACAUUGUAUUGUUCAUGCCAAGAAUAAGUGUUUGGAGAAAGACCUUGCUAUUCUGCUAAAUCAUGAUGGAGGCAGAAGAACAAGAGCCAUGGAAGACAACCUUUUACUCACAAUUACCUAAAGUGGAACUUCAUGCCCACUUGAAUGGAUCCAUUAGUUCCAAUACCAUAAAGAAAUUAAUAGCCAAGAAGCCAGGUCUUAAAAUCCACCAUCAGAUGACUAUGAUUGACAAGGGAAAGAAAAGAACUUUAGAAGAAUGUUUCCAGAUGUUUCAAAUUAUUCAUCAGCUUACUACUGGCCCUGAAGAUAUUCUAAUGGUCACGAAAGAUGUCAUUAAAGAAUUUGCAGAUGAUGGUGUCAAGUACCUGGAACUAAGGAGCACGCCCAGAGAAAAUGCUACAGGAAUGACUAAAAAGACUUAUGUGGAAUCUGUACUUGAGGGUAUAAAACAGUCCAAACAAGAAAACAUAGACAUUGAUGUUAGGUAUUUGAUAUCAGUCGACAGAAGAGGUGGCCCUUCAGUAGCCAAGGAGACUGUUAAACUUGCUGAAGAGUUCUUCCUUUCUACUGAGGAUACAGUUCUUGGCCUUGACCUCAGUGGAGACCCUACUGUAGGACAAGCAAAAGACUUCUUGGAACCUCUUUUAGAAGCUAAAAAAUCAGGUCUGAAGUUGGCAUUGCAUCUUUCAGAGAUUCCAAACCAAAAAAAAGAAACACAGGUACUCCUGGACCUGCUUCCUGACCGAAUCGGGCAUGGCACAUUUCUCAACUCCUUGGAGGGAGGAUCCCUGGAUCUGGUGGACUUUGUGAGGCAACACCAGAUACCGCUCGAACUCUGUUUGACCUCGAACGUCAAAAGUCAGACAGUUCCAUCUUACAACCAGCAUCAUUUUGGAUUCUGGUACAGCAUUGUCCAUCCUGCCGUGAUCUGUACCGAUGAUAAGGGUGUUUUUGCAACACACCUUUCUCAAGAAUACCAGCUGGCAGCUGAAACAUUUCAUUUGACCCAGUCUCAGGUGUGGGAUCUGUCUUAUGAAUCCAUCAGCUACAUCUUUGCUUCUGACAGCACCAAGUCUGAUCUGAGGAAGAAGUGGAAUCAUCUGAAGCCAAAAGUGUUCCAUUUUUAAGCUAUAAUGAGGUGAACUACUUUCGAGUAGGUAUUACAACCUAGAUCUCCCUGCUGUAUCCCAGUUAGUAAGCUGUCCACUGCUCCCCGUGGAAGCAUAGCAGCCAAGUGCUGUGGGCUCCAACACUAGCACCUCACUCAUGGCGGAGGCCCAGUAAGUCUCUCUUAAACUGAGUGGCAGGCUCUGAGGUCGUCCAUGGCUUAGCUCCAUGCUGCUUACAGGAAGGGACUUGAAAGUUGCUGCUCACUGAACUCCCCAUUCCAGCAGUGAUUUUGGCUUAACAGUCCUUCAUUAGUGAUCAUGAAACUUCAAGAAAAUCAGAGUAGGUUCUCAUCAGGAAAUGUUUUGGAAUUACUAGUCUAAAUAAGGUGAAGAGAGAAGGAAGAACAGAUUGUCGCCAAAACCUUGAAGCCAUCUAGCUUGUGAUGACAGCUCUGUAUUUUGUUGUGCUUACUUUAAUCGGACUCCUUUCACUUAAGUAUUCCCCAGAACUGUGGACUCCAGGCUACACUGCAUACCAUGGAUUUUUGUGAAUCCCAGUAGCCAGGGUUAAUCUCCUUUGGGUGGGUGACCCUAAGUGACAGAUAAAGCUAGCUUCUGAUAUCUGCCUUUGCCCUUCUCAUGAUUAAUCCUCCUGGAGUCAAGAUACAUUUUAGAUUUUGAAUCGAAUAAUGGAGAGAGAAUUGAUCCAUUCUUAUGUUCAUAUCUCAUCUUCCCUCCCCUACCUGUUUACCAUAAAAAUAAUUCUCUACAGAGUUGACAAGACAGCCUCUAUAUUCACAUUACAGUAAAAGAGAAAUGGCAGUG